CUUUCAUCAACUAGAUACGCAAAUUGCCAUGGACACUUAAAUAAGCUAGUUGCAACUUGGAAUCCACCCCAUUGCCCCUAUCAUUGACUAUGCUAGCCCACCAACUAUCAAUCCUUCUUCCAGUCUACUGUCAGCAGCACCUAGCAAGUCAACCCCACUCACACCAUACUUCAUGGCCUCCUUCAGCCGCCUACCAGACGAGCUCCUUCUGCUCGUGGCCCAGCAGUUGACCACGCAACCAGACAUCUACCAUCUAACCCAAGUCGACGCGCGCUGCUACCGAGCACUACAUAGCCAUCUCUGCGUCCACAACGUCCAGCACCACGGAAGCACGGCCUUACUCUGGGCCGCGCAGAAGGGAAAACUCCCACUUAUAGCCAAGCUACUAGCCGCCGGCGCCAACAUCGUCACCUGGUCACGCCAGGAAGAGACCCGGGAAGACAGCGUCGGCGAGAAAUGGAUCUUCUUCCCGCCCGAGAAUCCCUUAUUGGAAGCAGCGCAGGGAGGCCACACCGCGGCUCUCCAGCUCAUGCUCGCAGAGAACCGGCCGAACCAAGCCGCCAGCCCAGAUCAACUGCGGACGCUCCUGCACUGGGCCCUCCGAGCCCACGACGGCCCGCUGGUUGAUCUACUGCUGGGCCAGCGUCGUGCCCCGUUCGAUUCGCGCACCUACAGGGACUGGCCGUCUCCGACGCCGCCAGACACGUGGCCUUCAGCGCUCAACGUGGCCCUCGAGGCCGAGUAUUACACCAUUGUGCCCCGCCUGGUGGAGCAGGGCGCAACCCCUGGGCCGUACCGUCGCCGGCCGUGUCCGAUUGAGCAGGCGAUCUGUGGCGAUCAGUUGCACCUCGUAAAGCUUUUCCUGCAGCAGGGCUGGAUGCCGCACCGGGACCAUGGUAUAUGCUACAUCGCGGACACGAAUAACAUCGCCAUGCUCCAGGUUCUGCUGGAUCAUGGCCUGGAUCUCCGGCUCUAUGGUACAGGCGCCCUUUGCGUGGCGAUUUGGGCCGGUCACUAUGAUAUCGUGAAGAUGCUGCUUGAUCAUGGUGCUUCUACGAGGCUGGGGUGUAUCUGGGAGAGUACGGAUCGCAGCCCCCAGAUGGAUGGGUAUACCCCGGUUGGUUUUGCUGUCAAGUGGAGGCGUCUGGAGAUCCUGCGCCUGUUGCUUGACAGCGGGGCUCACGCGGACUGGGCAGAGUUCGAUAUGGCAAGGGAGCAGGGUUUCGAGGAGGCGGCGGACCUGCUUUUAGAGUUCGAGAAAUCUGACCCGGAACCUUUGAUUACUGCAGGUGCUUUUGAGGAGGCCGGGGACCUGCUAUUCGAAACUCCAAUCGAGCUGUUGGACCCAGAUCUUGUUGUACCCGAUCGUGUUGAACUUCUUGUUUUGGAUGUGCCGGGUGGCGUGACUGAUGCUUCCCAGAUCUGGGAGGGGAUGUCCAGAAUCAACCAUUUCAUAUAAUGGCAUUACGUGAUACAAUCGAGUAAGGAAUAUAAUCGUGG